UUCAGACCAGACUGAUAUCUCCUUCCGGGUCUUCCAAACUCACUUUCUACAUUCCCAAUUUGCCAUCUUCUUCAAGACCUCCCUCUCCCAUUGUCAUUUAUCCUUUUCCUUUCUGCAGGUUUCAAGGUCUGUAUGGGUAUUAUUUAGAGUCUCCAGAAAAAAAGGGAUCAUGAGGCUUCUUGAUUUUCACCUGAAGCUCAAGGCAUGUCGAAUUCCACGCUUUCUGACUGGAAACAUCGGAAGCAAGAAGAAGAAAUUUCAGGCGGGAAGGAAGCCUGCAUGGAUGAUGCAACUAUCACAUGGCCAUUUCGUUCAUGAAAAUAAGGAUGGUUCAGACUCGGACUUGGUUGUGAUCCAAAGAGAGCAAAUUCAAGAGCUCGAGCUGUGGCUCUUUGGGGUUUUCGAUGCUCAAGUAGGAGACAGGGUCACCAAGUACUUGCAGUCACAUUUGUUUGACAGAAAGCUAGAUGAGUCACAGAUAGUGGGGAAGACCAAAGAGAUGACGAGAAAAGCCUACCUCAGCGCUAGGGCUAAGAUAAGGGUGAGCAAGAAGAAGACGGACGAGGAGGCUGUAACGAAAGUGGGUUCGGCGCUGGUGACGGUCGUGAAUGGAGAAAAGCUUGUGAUAGGUAACAUGGGUGACUACAGAGUAGUUGUUUGCAGAAAUGGUGUGGCCAAGCAGACCGCAAGCAAGCACCAGCAGUCAGCCAAAAGGCAUUGGACCCAAAGAAUCAUCCCAGGUCGAAUGUUCACAUGGAAAUCUAACAGGAAAGACGCCUCGAAUCAGUCUAAAAGCUCCAAUCUCGCGAUUGGCGUCGAGAGGAUCGACACAAACACCGAAUUCAUCAUACUGGCAAGCUCUGGCAUAUGGGAGGUGAUGAAUAAUCAAGAAGCUGUGAAUCUGGUCAGGCACAUGGAGAGCCCACAAGAAGCAUCCGAGUGUCUGGCAAAGGAGGCCCUGACCAGGAUGAGCAAAGGCAGCAUUUCUUGCCUGGUGGUUCGCUUCGAAGACCUGUAAAAUUUUGUCAAAUCCCAAUUGAAGAUGAUUCCGAUUAUAUGAUUAACUCCUUGACGACGUGAGAAGUGAACUCGUUUCAGAGUAAAUUUUCAGGCCGAUUAUUGUUUCAACCUCUACCAUCAUGUAGAUACAGACGGAAGGCAAAGAGCAAUAAUGGUUAGCUGGACGCAGCUAUGGUACAAAAUGAGUUUGAUAUCGAUACUCCUGGGGAGAACUCAUCAGCAUAUUGGGAAACCAUUUCAUGCCCAUAUCGGCUUUUCUUAUGUACAUCUGGUUCUUUCGAUUGAUAUCGGUUUCUAAUCAUGGCUACUGCUUUCCCUAAAUGAGAUAAACCAUUGAAGAUGAUGCAGUCAUAUAUGUACAAACUAAUUAAGGUUGUGCGUACUAAU